AAUGUACUACAGGCAAGUCAUGAAGCAGCAGGUCUCUCGUCUGUCGGUGGAUGACGUGAAAACGACCAGAAGGCUGGAUACGGAACAACUAGAAGGGCUUGAGAGGUUCUUUCAGUUCACUGAGGGUACGAAGGGUAUGGACACGGUAAUGGGUGGGGCAGUGCCCGACGCGGUUAGCACUGGCAUCAGUAAUGCUGUAGGAACAUCAUCCAUGUCGACAGAGGCUGCUGGUGCGAUUCAAAUCCUAGAUGAUUGCCGUGAUAUGGACACACUGCAGGUGGAUGACGAAGAGCAGGGUGCACCUGGAGGUGGAGGCAAUCGCCAGACUUCAACGAUAAAAUCACACAAAAAACAAGAACUUGAGAAGAAGCCGACAAGCGGAUCGAUCUUUGACCUUCUUCUUGGCGUCAAGGGCAGUUCGGAGGAAGAAACGGAGUAUGACAAGAUGAAUCGUCAGAGGCUACAAGAAGUUGCGGGGACAAAUCCGACGACGAGUGGUACAACUGGAGUUCAUCAUCUUCCGAAACACCUCCCAUCAGCAUCAAACGGGCAACAACCUGCUCAAGCCUCCUCAAAAACCCGCAAAUCACUCGUACAAUCGCCAGCUAGAGAAGCUGACAUCCUCGGAAAUUGCCAACAAUUCAUGCAUGACGAAUAUAUGCGUCACGACUCUCAGGAGGAGCUGCUAGCAGAAGAGGCUAGGGAAUUGUAUGGGGAGCCGGAGCAUGAUGAUGUAGAUGCGAAGAGGAGAAAAGUUUGAAUUUGAUGAACGUAUUCUUGGUUGAUGCUGUCUUUUCUGGGAAUUUCAAGUUGAUGUUGAUUGAAGCAUGAUUUUCCCGACCUGAUUCAUCUAGGAUUCCAUUCCUGUGGAGAUAAAAGUCGCAAAUCUUU